AUGGCCACUACUUACUUUUCUCAGUCACUGCCAACGACCAUGACCACUCUUGCGCCGUAUCACAUUAUUUCGUAUGCGACAUUGCUCGGCACGACCCUCUUUCAAACCUUUGUCAACACAAAAGUCUGCCACAGCGCGCUCCCUAAAUCCGCAUUUACCACUCUUCAAAAGAGAAUCUUUCCGAUAUAUUUUCGAUGCCAGACUUUCCUUUUGGUCUUAACGGCCCUCACAUUUCCUCCCGGCGGUCCGGCCUCUCUUGUAAAGGAAAAGCGGGACUGGAUCCCUUUCGCCAUUGCAGGAGUCACGGCAGUUUUGAAUCUGCUGGUUUACGGACCAAGGACGAGACAAGCGAUGAUUGAUCGUAUCCAUCAGGAAACUCGCGAUGCCAAACUGCCGAACACUGUUGAUGAGAUAAGUCCGGAUAUGCAGGCUUGCAGAAGGCGGUUCUCGAGAAACCAUGCCAUGAGCAUUCAUCUCAACUUGAUUUCCAUUUUUGCCAUGGUAUGGUACGGCGUUAGACUUGCGUCUCGGCUGAACAUCGAGAUGGAGUGA